GGACUCGCCAGCAACAGUUUCUUACUAGCUCUCGUCGGAGCGAGUGCCCGAGGAGCCUUUAACACGAGCACCUGUCAAGUAUUGACCCUCGCACACUUAGGAACUUUGUGCAUCCUCUCGUCAACGCAACAACUCACGUGCACUCUCCAAGAUGGUCGCGCUGAAGGCCCUGUUCGUCCUUGCCACCUGCACCCUCGUGUCUGGCUCGGCCAUCCCCAUCUGGGAACUUCUCACCAAGCAAGAGAAGAUGGGUCGCCUCAUGUAUGUCUUCAUCCAUCUGGUGGAACAGUACUGCAAGGAUUCGAACAUUCCUGAUUGCCAGAAGGUCCUGACGCUCUACGGGAUGUCGAAUUUGGUGAACGAGGAGGAAAACUCUCUGGACUUCAUGGACCCUUACCAGAGGGACUCCCGCAGCAUCAUCUGGGAGAAAGUCAUGAAGGGCGACUUCAAGCUGCCAUCUGGCAAGACUUUCUACCCUAACGACCCAUCAUCGGCCGAUGAUGAAGAUUAUGAGCUCGUGAACGAGGUGCGCGACAGCUCGUAUCCUUCCAGCCUUUCCUUCCACAAGAACGCCAACGACCCCCACCCGUACGCCGUUCGCGUGCCCGCCCCCGUCAAAGUAGCUGCCGCCCACGCCCACACCCAAGCCGUUGGCCAGGUCGGCGGCAUCUCCAGCAGCCACCCGUACGCCGUCCGAGUGGCCCCCGAGGCGACGACCCGCAGCCCGCAGCCCGUCGGCAUCAAGGCCAGCGCCGACUUCGAGCCCAUGAUGAGCGAAUCGAGACCCGCCCCCGCCCUCAUCCAGCGCCUCUUGCCACAUCCCUCCGCCUCCUCCUCCCACGGCAGCGGCAGCAGGACAAGGCUCUUACGGUCCAUACGCUCCUCGGAGUUGUUCCCCGAGGAGGAGAUGCAGGACCUCGUCAGGCUCGUCUUGAAGAAGUGAAAGGCCUCGGGGAAGGUCGUCCGGAUCUGACCCAGUACCUCUGUCGCCGACGAAGCCAUUGUACAACCACGCGAGGGGCGGGAGGAGAGGAGUCCCCAGAGGGCCUCGGUGAGCUCCGGUGACUCGAGACGAAGGGGCGCGCGGACGAAGGGCGGAAUCAGGCCAGACCGCGAUGAUGCCAAUGCUUUAAGAAGACACACAGACGAGUAAGUCCUGCCAAGGGAGGACACGUGUUCCAAUUAUAAGAGGCUUUUAGACUAUGCUUUAUUCGUAUUUAAGCGGCGAGUCUGCCAGUGCGUGUGUGUAUAUAUAACUGUAAAUAUUAUUUAUAUAGAGUGUCUAUCUAGUCAAGGACAGGGCGUCCGCCUUUGAGGGGUAAAGUGAAAAAAAUCAGAAACGAGCAGCGUGAAGAGCUCUCCUGCAGGUCCCCAGAAGUCCAUUUCCUGAGACCCCGAAGAGAUCCUUCGUCAGAACUAAGAUGAAAGAUAUCGCUUUCGGCAGCUACAAUAUUUUGGUCUGAAGAAGAUUAAGAGUGAGGAGUCCACGCUAGGAAGCAUUUUUUAAAAUUUGUUUUUCCUAUCAUUAUUUUUUUUUCUAAAUCAACGCUCUCGAAGUCGGUUCCCCUGUCCGAAGCCAACUGGAAUAUCAGAGCAGGUGUCCACAACAGUCUUCCCAACAACAACAGCACCAUAACAGCAGCUGUGGAAGGCGGAUGCUGCUCCAUACUCCAGCCUUCAAUAUGGUUUUCGAAACAUGAUAAAACGACAAACCAUAUGAAGAGAGAUCGAAGACUUGCUUCUUCUGUCAAGAUAAAAUCAUAUAAGCAAGAAGAAUAACCUCAAAGAAAACAGAACUCAAAGAAAUAAUCAUUAUCAUUGGCUAUUCUCACAAUAAUAUUUGAGAAAAAUCUUGUUAUCGUUGUUAUUAAAAUGAUCUCCAUUUAGGUCCAUCCCAUACAUCACUGUUUAUUGUUAUCUCUGUUCUCUUCUUCACGAUUUCAUAGCAUAUCAUAUCCAUCUACCAUUUCUUAAUGUAUUUGUAAAUAAUGUACAAAUAAAUCAUUUGUUAUGAACUCUA